UGUUGUCAGCAUAGUUGGAGUUGCCGCCCGAGAGAGAAAUGCCGUCUUUCUUAUUAAUACUAAUAUAUAUAUAUAUAUAUAUAUAAUCAGUUAUGCUUUUGCUUUGCUUUUAAGUUUUUUGUUUAUUGAGGCUUAACAUACUUGUUGUUGUUGUUGAGUCUUUAAACAUGAAUGGGAAAGCCUCCAUCUCUAAGGAGCUCAAUGCCAAGCACACCAAGAUCUUGGAAGGACUUUUAAAGCUGCCUGAAAACAGGGAAUGUGCUGAUUGCCGGAACAAUGAAUAUGUCAGGGCUCCAAGAUGGGCAAGUGUGAACCUAGGGAUUUUUAUUUGCAUGCAAUGUUCAGGGAUUCACAGAAGCCUUGGAGUGCACAUAUCAAAGGUGCGGUCCACAACUUUGGAUACAUGGUUGCCGGAUCAAGUUUCUUUCAUGCAGUUUAUGGGUAACGACAAGUCAAAUAAGCACUGGGAGACAGAUCUUCCACCCAAUUUUGACACAAGUAGAUUGGAAAUUGACAAGUUUAUCCGUGCAAAGUAUGUAGAGAAAAGAUGGGCUUCGAAAAAUAAACUAGAAUCAACUUCAAAGUUAGCUGAAAAUAUCGUUAACUUUACUGAGUUGCCAUAUGGUAUUCCGAAGAAUAAUAAUAGGAGACUUUCCCUUGAAGAAAGCAUUUUUGUAAACCACUUGGCACAAGUUUUGCCGCCUGUAACAAGAUCUUGUGAGAUUCGGGGUUGUUUGGACAAGCAAAAGAAGAGUUCACCUCCAUUAAAGAGACCGUCAUCCUCCGUUGAUUUUGACAAGUCCCCAGGAAAGAGUGUUGAAUUUUUCAAUUUCUCAACCAUACCUCCUUCCAGCUGGGCCACAUUUGAUUGUAUGUCUCUAAUCUUUCCUAUUAUUUCCCACAAUAGAUAGACGGUUAUUAAUUCAGUACAUGUAUAUUUGCAGGAGGGACAGUGAACAAGAUUAGAUGCUGUUGUGAUAUGGAAGGAGUAUUUAGCUGCUUAGUACUUUAUUUUUGGCAAAUCCUGGAGAGAUUUCUUUUUAAUCCCCUAAACACAGAGACUUAUGUGUCUGUAGCUCUUAAAUUACCUGAGCAAGUAAAAUCCAAUCUUAUUUGGCUACCUA